AUGAUACUUAUCUCCUUUUUGUUUAUAUGUCUUAUUAAUCAGGCAUACGGGUUUCUUAAAUACGACUCUGGAACAGUUUCAGGCUUUAGCGAAUGUACUACUGGAUAUUAAUAAACUUAUACAAUAAAUUUCAAUGGAGUUUUUGCCAAUGUUCCUAAAGUAAUCUUAGGGCUUGAAUUAAUUGAUAUGGGAGAGGGGGCAGAUUAUAGAAUAUAAACACAAAAUAUUUAAACAACAAGUAUUAUGUUUUAUAUUUUUAGGUUUCGAAUUAUUUAUCACAUGUGUCACAUCAACUCCUUUUCAUAAUGCAAAGUAUGGAUGGUAUGCAAUUGAUGACCAGAGAAUAUAAGUUAUUAACAAUUUUAAUAUGCUAAAUCCUACAUAACAGACAUUUCCUCAUUAGAAUGCAAAUGCUAAUUUUGGUAUUGUCACAUUAACAAGUAUGGGAAUAUAUCAAGAUGUUAACUUUAAACUAUAUGUAUGAGAAUUAUUUAUGUUUCAAGAUCUCAUCAAUAACAACUACGCAGGUAACUGUAAGUAUUGUGGAUACAGUAGCAUGGCGUGCAAAUUUAAAAUAAGUUGGAUACUAAGUGAUAUUAGGAAUAGAAGAAGCAUUUGCAGAUAUUGAUGUUUUAUAUCAUACAAGUGAUUACGAUAGUGGAACCUUAACUUAAUAUUCAAACAAAUGGUUGUUUUUAACCUAUAAUGGUUUGGAUUCCUAUACUAAUCUCAGAUCGAGGGCUGAACGGCAAUCAGGAACAUUAUCAUAUACUGUAGUUACAUGUAACAGUUCUUUAUUAUUAUAGGGUAUGGAGCCUUCCUUAAGAAUUAUUUUUUACAAGGAUGGUUAGCUUAUCAAUUUACUACUAUAUUUAAACCUUUUGAAUGUCUCACGUUGAGAAUAUCGUAAGCUUAUGAUUUUGAUGUAUCAACUAAGCCAGAUAUUUUUCUUGAGAUCAAUGAAUUAAGUUAAUCAUUCUUAGCAUCAACUAAUAUAAUUAUAGAUAAGGCUUUAAGCAUUGUGAAUAUGAAGAUUUAUAUGAAGUGUAUAAAAACCAAAAAAAUAGUGAGUCAAUUUCUAAAAUGUUAGAAUUGCUCGACCAAUAAAAUGUAUUAAUUUUCACAUUAUUGUCAUGGAACAAUUAAUGAGAUUUCUUAUUUUCCAAGAUUUAAAUUGGUCGAUUCUGCCUAUAAGGAGAUAAAUAUUAAUAUAGUAUUAAAUAGAAUUAAAAUUACAUAAGUAUUGUACAAUCAAGUGCAAUCAAUUGAAACCCUGGUAGACAUUCAAAUUUAAGAUGUAUGA